AUGGGUAGCACAAUGCAUCAUCAAUGCCCACAUUGUGCGUUACUUGUAAUUGUUCUCGGCGUUUUUUGUGGCGUGUUUGGUGCCACAAAUGGGGAAUACUUGAUAGGGGUGGGGAGCUACGACAUGACUGGUCCUGCUGCCGGGGUGAACAUGAUGGGUUACGCUAACUUCGACCAAACCACCGCCGGUAUCCAUUUCAGGCUAAGAGCUAGGGCUUUUGUUAUUGCCGAGAGUUCUCAAGGUCCAAGGUUCGCUUUUGUCAAUCUUGACGCCGGCAUGGCUUCACAGCUUGUCACCAUAAAAGUGGUAGAGAGGCUAAAAUCAAGGUUUGGAAAUUUAUACACGGAGGAAAAUGUAGCAAUCAGCGGCAUCCAUACUCAUGCUGGACCAGGGGGUUACUUGCAGUACUUGGUUUACUCUGUUACUUCUCUAGGUUUCGUGCAACAAUCAUUUGACGCCAUUGUUGACGCAAUCGAGCAGAGCAUUGUUCAGGCUCACAAUAAUCUCAAGCCUGGUUCAAUUUUCAUAAACAAAGGGGACGUGGAAAACGCGGGGAUAAACAGGAGCCCAAGUGCUUAUUUGUUGAACCCAGCAGAGGAGAGAGCACGGUACCCAAACAACGUGGAUACCCAAAUGACUCUUCUCAAGUUUGUUGAUGGUGCAAGUGGAAAGGACAUUGGAGCCUUCAGUUGGCACGCAACGCAUGGAACUUCCAUGAGCAGAGACAACAAGCUCGUCAGUGGGGACAACAAAGGUGCGGCUGCCAGGUUCUUCGAGGACUGGUUCACUUCCAACGCUAAAUCUUCCUCCACACCAAUCACCAACCCCGUUGAGAUAGAUACUGGCACACUAGUUGAGAAAGCACAAACAAUCAAAGCCACGGGAGGAAAGCCUUGCAGCAAAACAAGCAGCCAAGGUUUUAAGGUGAAGAACGAUGGGUCACUAUUUGUUGGAGCAUUUUGCCAAUCAAAUGUGGGAGAUGUGACCCCAAAUGUGCUAGGCGCCUUUUGCACUGACAGUGGGAAACCUUGUGAUUUCAAUCGCUCCUCAUGCCACGGCAAUGACCUGCUCUGUCUCGGCCGCGGCCCGGGAUACCCAGAUGAAAUUGUAAGCACAAAAAUCAUAGGGGAGAGGCAGUUCCAAAAGGCUGUUGAUCUAUUUACGUCCCCCGCAGAGGAACUGACCGGGAAGAUUGAUUAUCGCCACGUUUAUCUAAAUUUUACAAAUAUUGAAGUUGAUUUAGAUGGAAACAAGGUUGUCAAAACAUGCCCUGCAGCCCUUGGUCCAGGUUUUGCUGCUGGAACCACAGAUGGGCCUGGUGUCUUUGGUUUUCAACAAGGUGAUACAAAGAUCAACAAGUUAUGGAAACAGUUGAGAGAUUUGCUGAAAGAACCAAGCCAAUAUCAAGUGGACUGCCAACAGCCCAAAACUGUUUUGCUUGACACUGGCGAAAUGUUUGAGCCAUAUGCAUGGGCGCCGGCAAUUCUUCCAAUUCAAAUGCUAAGGUUGGGAAAGCUAAUCAUUCUUUCCGUACCUGGAGAGUUCACAACAAUGGCGGGGCGGCGACUAAGGAAAGCAGUUAAGGAGACACUAAUAAGUAAUGGAAAUGGAGAAUUUGACGAUUUCACAGAUAUUGUAAUAGCAGGCCUCACAAAUACUUACUCUCAAUAUGUUGCAACUUUUGAAGAAUACAAGCAACAGCGAUACGAGGCUGCCUCAACCAUCUAUGGUCCAUACACACUAUCAGCAUACAUCCAAGAAUUCAAUAAAUUAGCCAAAGCCAUGGCAAAAGGAGAAAAGAUCAUAAACAAGGGUCCCUCACCACCAGAUCUUUCCUCCGUACAGCUCAGGCUCGUACCUGACCCUUUUGGAGAUUCGCCUCCUCCUGGCAUAAACUUUGGAGACAUGAAACAAGACAUUAUUGGUGGCACAUUCAGAAAGGGAGACAGGCCAAGUGCCACAUUUUGGAGUGCAAACCCAAGAUAUGACUUGCUCACAGAAGGCACAUUUGCAGUGGUAGAGCUGCUUCAAGAGGAGCGAUGGGUGCCUGUUUAUGACGAUGACGAUUUCUCUCUGUAUUUUAAGUGGAAUUUAGACAACAGUAGUUUCUAUGGCACGGCAACCACUGAGUGGAAAAUACCUAAGGAGGCAAGUUCCGGGGUGUACAGGCUAAGACACUUUGGUUCUGCAAGGAAAACAAAGGACUCCCCCAUCAACUACUUCACUGGGGCUUCUGCUGCGUUUGCAGUAUCAUAG